AUGGUCAAACUCAUUGAUAAUCGUGGAAAAACCGUGUUAGCCCGUGCACUUUUAGAUUCGUGUUCGACCGUGAAUUUAAUCACCCAACGUUUUGCGCAAUCCCUUCGGUUAAACACCAUUAGCUGUUCGGUUAACAUCGGCGCGGUAGAUGGUUUGUGUACCAUUGCAGAAAGGUACAGUCAAUUAGAAAUACGAUCGAAUCACAACGACUUUAGGCAAAAAUUGAAUUUUUUAAUAGUACCUCAGAUCGCAGAGAGGAUUCCCAACGAAUUAUUUCCCCGACAACUAUUCGAUAUCCCCAAAAAUCUUAAGCUAGCCGACCCUCAGUUUCAUCUGCCCAGAGCGGUCGAUCUAUUAAUCGCGUCGAAUACAAUGUUGUCGGUGCUCUCGGUAGGGCGAAUUAAACUCCGUCAUAAACACUCUAGCAUCGUGAUUCAAAAGACCCGAUUGGGAUGGAUCGUCGCCGGAGGAUCCGAAAUCGCAACGUCGUCCACUAACUCGCCGUGUAAUGUCGUAAAACUUGACAAACUCAUCGAACGUUUUUGGGUCAUCGAAGACUUCGAUCAUGACCCAGUUCGAUCUCGCGAUGAAAUCUCGUGCGAGCAACAUUAUUUGACGCACACCAAACGGGACGUCACGGGUCGCUAUAUAGUUCGUCUCCCAUUCAGAGAUUCGAAAUUCAGUCUGGGAGAAUCUCGCAUACAGGCCCUCAAACGGUUUCAGGCGCUAGAGCGAAAACUCUCAGCUAGGGCUUCACUGAGACUGGAAUACACCAGGGUGAUGGAGGAGUACAUUUCUCUCGGUCAUAUGGCUCUGUGUGACGAGAUCGAGGGGGGAUGUUAUCUUCCUCACCAUGCUGUCAUCAAGGAGUCCAGUGAGACCACCAAAGUUCGAGUCGUGUUCGACGCCUCCGCGAAGACUUCUACGGGCAUUUCCCUCAACGACACUCUUCUUGUCGGGCCCACGAUCCAAAAUACCAUCUUUGAGCAAGUCCUUCGAUUUCGCGUUCAUCGGUAUGUCAUUACGGCUGACAUUGAGAAAAUGUACCGUCAGAUUCUCGUCCAUCCGGAAGAUCGCCAAUUCCAGAAGGUUUUAUGGACCCAUCACGGCCAACUUCGAACAUUCCAGCUAAAUACUGUCACUUUCGGGACAGCCUCGGCCCCCUUUCUCGCGGUUCGUACGUUGCAACAGCUUGCUCGGGACGAAGCAGAGCAUUUCCCACGCGCUAGCAAACUCUUACUUCCCGAUUUUUACGUCGAUGAUUUUAUCUCCGGUGCAGAUUCUCUCGAUGAACUCCUCACCAUCCGGGAUGAAAUGAUAGCAUUGUUAGCUCGCGGCGGUUUUAAAAUUCGUCAGUGGGCAUCCAACCACUGCGCGGUGCUUAAUUCCAUAGAUAAAAAAUUCUUCGACCUGGAUUGUCUGGUCAGAACUGACCCAAUUCAAAAAACCCUAGGUAUCAUCUGGGACGCCGAAAGUGACGUCCUUCGAUACACCAUUGCCCAAGUGAACCCGAAUGUUUCCGCAACAAAACGGAAACUCCUCUCUGAACUAUCCAAAAUUUUCGACCCAUUGGGUUUAUUAGGUCCCAUAACUCUUCUCGCGAAGACCCUCAUCCAGGAUUGCUGGAAAGCAAAAAUCACCUGGGAUGAGUCGCUUCCUCAAGAUAUCCAUUCCAAAUGGAUAUCAUUAGCUUCUCAGCUUCCAAGCCUACAAGACGUGGUCUUCUCGCGUCAGAUUCUGAUCCCGAACGCUGUAAGCAUCGAACUUCAUGGAUUUUGUGAUGCGUCCAUCAACGGCUACGGAGCCUGUCUGUAUAUUAAGUCCCAGGACUCUCAGGGCACUGUCGCGAUUAGAUUAAUCAGCAGUAAAUCUCGAGUAGCUCCUCUGAAGGGAGUCACAAUUCCGCGUUUAGAACUUUGCGCAGCCUCCGUUCUCAAAAGGCUAUAUGUCGAAACUAGGGCUCAAAUAGAAUUUUCGAUCAAUCAGGUAUACUUAUGGUCGGAUUCCACCAUCGUGCUGUGUUGGUUAAAGAAAGCUCCUCAUCUUCUGCGUACCUUCGAAGCGAACCGGGUCGCAGAUAUUCAAACUUUAGGAGAUGAGGUUAUCUGGAAACACAUCCGAUCCGAGGAUAAUCCCGCGGAUGCCCUAUCCAGGGGACAGAUGCCUUUAGAAUUUCUAAAAAAUACACUCUGGACUACCGGGCCUGAAUGGCUAGUCCAUGAUCAAACACAAUGGCCGAAUUCAAUCUUACCUUCAAAUCUCCAAGUUCCGGCAUUAAAAAAAGGCGUUUGCCUCCUGGCUGAGGCAUCCCCAGAAGCGAUAUACGCGCGAUUUUCCAAUUUUGAACGGCUUACACGGGUUAUUGCGCGUAUCCUCCGAUGGAAAAAUUCGGAAAUUUCGCGUUCGAGAACCCUUUCCAUUGAAGAGCUCCAAGAAGCCGAGUAUCGCAUCUUAGCUAUGAUCCAACGCGAACGAUUUUCCAACGAGCUACGAAAGCUAGCCACGACCCACGUUUCCAGCGAAUCAGUCCGACGGCGUCGAACAGGGACUCCUUUUGAUCAAUUACAUCCCUUCAUUGACGAUAAGGGAAUUCUACGGGUAGGCGGACGCCUUACCCAGUCGGAACUUCCGUUUAAUCGGAAACACCCCAUUUUAGUACCUAGUAAACACCUUGUCACUGAUAUGCUCAUUCGCCGAGUUCAUCAGUCAAACUAUCACGCCGGGAUUCAGACUACCCUGUAUAUCCUUCGAUCCAAAUAUUGGAUUAUCAACGGCAAGGAUCAAAUCAGGAAAAUUGUUCAUUCCUGUCUCGAAUGCAUCCGCCAGAGACCAAAAUUUGCCCAUGCUCAGAUGGCAGAUCUCCCAAAAUUCCGUGUUAACGAAGCCCCAGCGUUCGCAAAAACAGGCGUCGACUUCUUCGGGUCAAUUCUCAUCAAAGAGAAAAAGGACCGCAAUCGAUCUUUUUUAAAGGCAUACGGAUGCGUUUUUAUAUGUAUGGUGUCGAAGGCAGUUCAUAUCGAACUCGCCAUCGACCUUUCGACAGAAGGCUUUCUAGCAGCCUUCCGUAGAUUCGUUAGUAGAAGAGGAGUUCCGGAACACAUGUACUCCGAUAACGGCACGAACUUCGUCGGAGCGAAUCGAGAACUCGACGAAUUAUACAGUCUUAUUUCUAACCCCGAAUUCGAAGACACUGUAGGCGCGUACGCGACGUCUAAACGUAUCCGUUGGCACUUUAACCCACCAUUAUCUCCCCAUUUCGGCGGGAUUUGGGAGGCAGCCGUAAAGAGUUUCAAACAUCAUUUGAAACGUGUCUUAAAAGAUCAUAAAUUAACGUAUGAGCAAUUAAAUACUUUCUUAAUAGAAAUCGAAGCGAUAUUAAAUUCCCGACCAUUGUGUGCUCUUUCGGCUGAUCCCAAUGAUCCCAUAGCUAUAAUCCCAGCACAUUUGCUCAUUGGUCGUCCCUUCAAUCAAUUACCCGAACGAUCUUUUUCCUCAGUUGCAGUUAAUCGCUUGUCCAUUUAUAAUUUCAUCACCAAGGCCAAACAGGACUUUUGGAAUAAAUGGCACAAGGAGUAUCUGCACGAACUGCAAACUCGUCACAAGUGGCAGGAUUCCACAGCUGAGCUCCAGGUGGGGUCAGUGGUGCUUUUGAUGGAUGAUCACCUUACUUGUGCUCGAUGGCCAUUGGGAGUUAUCACUGAGGUGUUUCCUGGCAAUGACGGAGUCGCCCGGGUGGCCACCAUCAGGACCACCAAUGGAACGUUUAAGCGCAACAUCACCAGAUUGUGCAUGUUGCCGAUAACUUAG